UAUAAAUGAAAGCAAGCAGGAGAGUCCUUGUUGCCAUUGCGAAUGGGAGCGAAGAGAUAGAGGCAAUGUCGAUCAUUGGCACGUUGGUCAGAGCAGAAGCCGAAGUUCAAGUUGGCAAGGUUUAUGAGGAAAGCGAGGAACAAGGGAACCUUAAAGUUCUGCUUUCGAGAGGAGUCAAGCUAGUAGCUGAUUUGGGAAUCACUGGUGAGACUCAAGAUGAUGAUUAUGAUGCAAUUGUGUUGCCCGGAGGUAUUGGAGGAGCUCAGAAUUUCCAUGAUAGUGACAUUUUUAUGUCUCUUAUUAGAAGUCAUUUUGAAAAAGGGAAAUUGCUUGGAGCUAUAUGUGCAUCUCCAGCUUUUGUUCUAGAGCCACAUGGAUUUUUAGAAGGAAGAGAUGCAACUUGUUAUCCAGCAUUGAGUGAAAAGCUUUCUAAUAGAUCAAAGGCUGAGCAAAGAGUUGUCAUUAGUGAUAACCUAAUCACAGGGAAUGGUCCAGGAUCAGCAAUAGACUUUUCCCUCGCUCUAGUUGAACAUCUCUAUGACAAAGAGAAGGCUCAAGAAGUAGCUCUAUCUAUGGCUACGACUUAUGAUUAAAAAGAUAUCUUUCAACCCAA